AUGAAACUUCGACUAUAUGUGCUAAGACUUCAGUAGAUUAAAAUCUAGGAAAAACUAUUUGCCAAAUAGAGACCACAGACUAUCCUUAUGAAAGCACAAUUCAGACAUAAAACAAUGUUAUUUUCUCCUAGUAUAUUAGAUUUGGAGAUCUUAAGCCAUAUUGCUUUAACUGUAGUCAUUACUUCAAUAAAUCAGGCACUCAGAAGCUAAGGCUGUAUUGCAUGUUCAACAGUUGGUACCAAUAAUAAUAUCAUAACAUAAAGAUCAGAACUAGAUAUAUUCAUGAGAGAUUGUAAAAGCAUUGGAACUCAAGUUGCUGCCUGUUCUUAUACUGAUUUCUACAAUUCAGACACCAAAACUUGCCAAUCAUGCGAUUCAAAAUUCCCGAACUGUGCAUCAUGCAGCUCCAGUCAAUGCACAAUUUGCCAAUAACAUUUCUAUUGGAAUCCUGAUGGCUUCAAUCAUAAAACUGGCUUAAAGUAGGGCCUUUGUGUGCUAAAUGCUUGUCCUGUUGGCUACUGUAGAGAUUCAUCUCGAAAAGUAUGCUAAAAGUCGACCAUCGCAAACUGUAGCAUUUGUACUCACUCAUAUGCAGGAGUCUAGGAAUGUACCUUAUGUCAAGGUGGAUAUCUACCUUAAUAGAUUGAUAGUCAAACAAGCAGAUGUAAACCUUAAACUACAGUUGGAAAUUUCAUCUAUUUUGUAAGGUCUGGUGCUCCAAUUUUAAAGAGUGACCUGGUGUAUAACCCAACUCAAAAUUUGGGCUUGACUGUCUAAAAAUCAUUCUUUUUCAUUUAAGAAGCAAUAAACGCUGCUCAUUAAAAUCAUUAAACUUUGUAUUUGACCAAAAUUAAUGUUGUUAUUUAUGUUGGCAAAGGUGAGCACUUUUUCUUUUAAUGUGACGGGGAUGAAUCUCCAUUGUUUGCUGAUUCUACAAUGACUCAAUUUGUAAACUACUGUUCCUUGUUAAAUUUAGAAAAGCCCAAUCAAGUUAAUGAUAACGUAAACAUAACAAUCAUGCCUUUAUAUUGCGAUCUAAAUCGUAGUCUAGGCUAUCCAAACAAUCAAGAAUUUUACAAUAUGUGCAUUAACAAAGAAAACAUGUAGAAACCUGUAAUUAAUGUUAAUAACAAGAAUGCAUUAUUUAAUAUCACUGGAUAAAUGCAUUUUGAAAACUUGAUUUUUUAAGGAACUAAUGCUUUUGCCAAACCGAACAAUCCCUCUUAUGACUACAGUGUUUUACCUAUCAAACUCUGUGAUUUAUAGUUUUAAAUAGCUUUGGGAGACAAACCGAUAUAUCUCUAAAAAGUUAAUGUAAACUUGACUACAAGCAUUUUGAAAUAUGAGUGUACAGACUAGUGGUAUGCCAAAUCAAACAUUCCAAAGACCUUGGAAAUAUAACCUAGAUGCAUUACGAAUGGCUAUAAGAGAUUUUCUAAGAAUUAAGAAAGUUCACUUAGUUGCUCAGGAGACAUUAGUUCUAACGAUUUCUUUUGGAUAAACCCAGGAGACUAAAUAUACAGCAAGAGAAAAUCGACUCUUUUUAAUCUUUAUGCUUUUGGUGAUUACAAUACUGUAUAUAAGCAACCUCCUUAUAUUAAGAUCAAUGGAUGCGAAUUCACAAUGUUCAUUGGUGGAUAUACAAAUUUGAUUAAUAUAGAGAAUAAUAAUAUCAUGAGAUUGGCAAAGUAAAAUCCAAUCACUGUCUAUGGCAAAACUAUUUUACAAGAUAUGGACUUUUUCUCUUAUUAUGGAGGUUUCAGGGGAGCUAAAAUAGAAAUCAUAGAUUCAUCAUUUAAAAAUUCAAGGUUUUGUCUAGGUAUGAUAACUUUUAGAAAACAGCUCUAUAUCAAUAACAUCAGAAGUUUUGUUAAUUUUACUCAUCAUCUUCAACCUAAUGUUACUUACAGUGAUGAGGGCUCUUUUAUCAUGAUUCGUGGUUCUUAAUUUUCUAAUCUUAAUUUCUUAACAAAUGUCACAGCACUUGCUAUUUAUGAUGGCAUGACGCCUAUAAGAUCGUAUAAAGGAUUAAAUAGUUUAGAAUCGAUCCACUAUAACUCAUUCGUACACAAAGGAAUAGUCUUGAAUGUUGAAGAUUUCAAUGGCCCUGUGGAAAUAGAUGAUUGUGAUUUUUAAAAUAACUUUCACUUUAUUCCUGAAAUUAUGAUAAGGCCUUAUAAAAAUGGUUUAAUAAGAGAUUAUGAUCACUUUAAGGACAGUUACAGGACGAAAGAAUAUAAAAUUACAAUCUGUAACGAGGAUAAGCAAAGUGAUGAAUAUCUGUUUCAUCACGGUAUUUCCAUAAAUGAUGACAUGGACUUAUAUUUCGACAAAUUUGAGAGAUUAGGUUUAAUCUAUUUAUCUCGAAAUAAGAAUCCUGUAAUAAUUACCAACAGCAAUUUCAAAAGCAAUAUGGGAACAUUUGGAGGAGCUAUUACAAUAAAUUCUCCUGAUUGGCAGAAAGGAAAUAAUUCUUAUAUAUACAUUGCCGGGAAUUAAUUUAAUAAUAAUCUAGCUUAUUUUUCGGGCAAUGCUAUCUACAUUAGAAAUACCAUAAAAAUUUAAAACUACUCAGCAAUAUGUGCUGGAGUUCACAUAGAAAAAUCAGAUUUCACUUAAAAUAUUGGAAUGAAAGCUCAUAACGGUGGCGCAAUAGCAGGGUCUUGUGUCUAUAUUGAUAAAUCAAAUCAUGAUGAUUUUUAGCACACAUCUGCAUACUUCUAAUCAUUAAUCAAGAACGAUAGUUUCAACAAUAUGACAACAUAAAUCUCAAGCAUAAUAAAUGUUGAAAAGCAGUAUACUCUAUUUCAAGCUUAAUUUGCGAUUAUAAACUCUAAAUUUAUCGAAAAUUACUCUGGUUAAAAAGGAACUGCUGUCUAUCUCAGGUUUAUCAGUAAAAUAAGAAUAGAGGGUUGCCUGUUUUAAGGUAAUGGGCCAGUUGUCGGUUAUUUAGAGCAGUAAUACUCACCUUAUACUCAGCGAUUUUCUAAUAGACCUUUGACAUUUAUUGCUCCUGAUAGUCCCUGCUUCGAGGAGUUCAACUAUAUAAAUUUCUGUGGGAAAAUAGAAGAGAGAAUUGAUUGGUCUCAAGUUAGAGGUGCCCUUCAUGUCUGGCAUUGUGAUGAAGUUUGGUGCAUGAAUAGCUCAAGUAUAUAACAGUUACUUAUUUACAACAGCAGUUUUGUCAACAAUGAGGCAGGACCUUAUCUUGACGAGCAUCUACCAUACGAUUUGUCAUCUUCAUUGUACAUCAACGGGGGAUAUAAUAAUAUCAUUGAAAAUACUGCCUUCGUCAAUCAUUCAGAUAGUAAUAUGUACUACAUCACAGGUCUCGCACCCAAACUUGGUCAAUUCUUCCCAAAUAUAUACUUUAAACUUCACUAAGCACCCAUUGUCAGAAUCACUAUAAAUCCAAAAGCAAUAACAGGUACAUAGAUCUUAAAUUUCAGCACUACUUGCAAAAAUUGUACAUUUACCAAGAAUUAGCACAUCUAGAUUUUGGGAUUGAGCUUUGAUAAGUAAUAUUAUGGCUCUCUAAUUUCGCUUAUCUCCUACUAUAAUUAUGGCAAUAAAUUUGCGCCCAUGCUUAAUCUAGAGAACUGUAUAAUCUCUGACAAUUAGUUUAGAGGGAAUGAGUCAUCACUAAUAUACUUGUUCAAGGGUUUACUUUCAGUGGUAAACACAACUGGCACCAACAAUGGAUAUUUGACGAAGCAAGUAGAACAUAAGGCAAAACUAGUAGAUUCCUACUAUUUUCCAUUUGAUAGCUUCAAUUAUCAGAUGUUUUAGAAAUAUGGGAUAUUUUAUCUGAGUGGAAUGGAAAAGUUCCCAAGUGGUUACUAUCAUCGGUUUCAAAACAAUUAAUUCCAGUUUAAUUUCGCCUUUAUGGGUGCUGUCUAUUCCCUUAGGAUUGAUGGCUAAUUUGCACUCUUCCAGAAAAACAAGUAUGAAUACAACUUCGCAACAAAUGAAGGGGCAGUAAUAUUUUCAAGAAAUUAGAAUGACUAGACAACAUUGAAAUUCAUUGAAGAAGAUGUGAGUUACUCUAAUAAUGAAAUCUUCGGUACUUAUAGUUUAGAACCACAUGAUGAGGAUUUCAUGAGCGUACUGUUUUACAAUUCCACCUUUAGAAAUAACAGAGCCAAAACGGGUGCUUCAUUUUAUCUGGAUUCUUGCGGGGCAGUAAUUGUUAAGAAUUGUAGUUUCUUCUAAGAUGCCUGGCAUUCCAAUCUCACAAAUUACAUAGUCUCUAAGUUCAAGAGAAGAAACUUUGACAUUUAUGAUUUCAUUGACUACAAGUAUAUGUACUACCUUACUGAUUAGAACAUCUAGGAUUCAGGGCAAGUUUUCCUAAAGAAAUCCAUAAAUUCUAAAAAUGUCUAUUUCUUGAGUGAAUUAGUGAGGACUAGUGAUGAGUAUUACUCUGACUUUAUUGAUUGUUCAUUUUACAAUCUUAGAGCAGAGCAUGGAGCAGCAAUAAUGGCUGAAGAGUCAACAGUAAUGAGGAUAUUUAAUACAAAGUACGACGCAAAGACUGUAAUAAGAAAUAAUACUGUCACUGAGUAUGGUGUGAUCUACAUUUACAUUGCAGAUGAAUUCAUCGCUACUAAUCUCACUCUAAGUAACAAUACUGCUUUAGUUCGAGGUUCUGCUAUAGGAGCAUCAAGUAGUGGAAGUGUUGAGUUCAAUAAUUGUACCUUCUAGAAUAAUAGAGCUGGCAAAAAAGGAACAAUAUACAUCUACGAAGAUGCUAAAGUAACUUUUGACUAAUGUCUAUUCAAUCAAAACUAUGCAAUGGACUCUUCAGGAAUAUUUGCUUUGAACAAUAUCAAUAAAGACAUCAUUAUUUAGAACUCAGUAUUUUUGAAUAACACCCACGACAGUAACCUAAUUAACUUUAUUUUGUCCAAAUCUCAAAUCUCUAACACUUAGUUCUUGAAUAACUUUGCGAAUAAAAUCAACAACGGAAUCACUAUGAUUAAUUCUCAUGUUAAAAUGUCUAAUAUUACUGUGAAUUACACUACUCCUCAAUUUCUAUGGGAAAAUCAAUAUAAUGUGGACUCUGGAUUUUUAAGUCUCAAUUUCUAAUCCAAACUCCAAGUGACUGGGGGAUCUGUAUUCCAAAACUGCAGAGGAUCAAUCGCUUCAGUUUUAUUUGCUACUGGCUACAGCUAGGUAGUGAUUGAUGGCAACUCUAAAAUUUUGAACUCUGCCUCUCUAAGUGGCAGUUCUUUGUUCUUUACCAUGACAGACACGAUUUCAAUUUCAUAUGUUUAGUUCAUUAACAACACACAGAAUGAUAUAGUCAUUGAAAAUGCAGCAGUGAAUCUAACUAAUGGAUACUUCGAAUAUGGAUCACUAUAAUUUAUAAAAGCAACAGAGGCAAAUCUGAAUGUCAUUAACUCGACCUUUUAAAACAGUUGGAAUUAAGACACAAACGGCAAAGCAAUCUAUUGCAGUUGCAAGAAUAUGCGGAUAUUAAACUCAACUUUCAAAAAUCUAUCAGCUUUGGAAGGAGGUGCACUUUAUAUUACCUCAACAGCUUCGAACAGUCUUUUCGACAUAACAAAUUCAACAUUUUCAAACAAUGUAGCCUAUCAUGGUGGAGCUGUUAAGAUUAGUGAUGCAGCUAACCUGACUUUCAGAGGAAAUAAAUUCAUUGGAAAUAAAGCUCAGAGAUUCAAUUAGGAAACUUCACUUAGCUAAAAAUUAGUGCAAAAAGGACUAGGAGGCGCAUUAAAUAUAGACUGUUUUAACGAGGCUGCUAAAUUGGACAAUAACUGUAUCAUUGCCUUAAGAGGGGGGAAUAUUUUCUAGCAAAAUGAGGCUCAAGACGAUGGAGGAGCUAUUUAGUGGCAGGGCAAUCCACUCAUAGAGGAUGGUACUUCUAAGUUUGAAAACAAUGUAGCUUAGUAUGGUUCAAACAGAGGAAACUAUGCUAACUCCCUGAUCGUAUAAUUUAUAGAUAACAAUGAUGUCCUAGCUCCAAUAAAGAAUGAUACCUUAUUUUAUCUAGCUAGCAUUUUGCAGAAGAACGAAACAAAGAAUAUAAGCAGAUUACUCAGAGAAAACCUGGAGUUAAGACUUAAUUUUAUGCAUGUAUAGUUGCCCAAAAGAGGCUAGCGAUAGUUGGAUAGCUAAGUCAUCACAUUCCCUGGCAUUGUGUCUGGAAUUGGGUUUAGCUUUAUAAUUUACAUUCUGGACAUGGAUGGGAAUAUCUACACUUCGGACAGUGAAAGUGUAGCAACUUUGAAAAGUUUGACUCCUGAUGUGCUACUGUAGAACUAGGAAGUCAAUGCUGAAUUAGGAGUCUAUAACUUUAGCAAUGUUCAGAUAAAUCUAGAGCCAGGUACAUCAGCCUAGCUGAAACUUACGAUAGAAGGCAUUGUCACCUACGCAAAUGAAAUUCCCUUCAUCAAAAAUCCAAUUAUAAUCAACAUUUAGUCUAGAGAGUGUAUGCUUGGAGAAAAAUACACAAACGAUAAAAGCUGCUAAAAGUGUGUCUUUGGAGAGUUCUUAUAUGUUAAAGCAAACGGAGAAAUGGACUGUGAAACUUGCAACAAAGACAGGGCAAUAUGCUACGGACUAUACAAAGUAGCUCCAAAGCCUGGCUUUUGGAGAUCCUCAAAUGUCUCUAAUAAUUUCAUUGAGUGUCCGAAUGAAUUCGCUUGUUUAGGUGGUUCAGAGACAGAUCCAAUUGGAAAUUGCUCUAUUGGAUACACAGGACCCAUGUGUGGAGGUUGUUCUCCUGGUUUUAAGAAAACAGGUUAGUUCAAAUGCGGAAUCUGUCCUAAUCCAACUGCAAAUGCUGUUUAGUUUGCAGGAUUACUCCUAGUCGCAGUGUUAGUUUGUUCUUUCCUAGUAAGAUCAAACAUUAAUAGUGCCGAUAAAGCUAAACCAGUAUAUGCUGUAUAUGUGAAGAUUCUUACCAAUCAUUUUUAGAUGAUUAGUGCUAUAGCAACAAUUGAUUAUAGUUGGCCUAAGGAAAUAUAAUCAUUCUAACAAGGCUAAUCAUCAGUUACAGGCUUCACGCAGGAGAUUUUUUCUUUUGAUUGCUUCUUAUAGCAAUCAGGAAAUUCAGAUCAAUCCAACAUAUACCUUCAAAAAUUGAUAUUCUUUGCGCUAUUGCCUUUUAUACUUGCGAUUUGCUCUUGUGCUUUUUGGGGAUUACUAGGUAUUAUAGGGAGAAAUUUCAGCUAAGUUAAGAAUAAACUUAUUAGUACUAUGGUUGUGCUCUUGUUUUUGAUUCAUCCUAAUUUGGCUAAAGUAUUCUUCUCUGCUUUUAAUUGCAUUGAUGUUGAUGGGAUAAACAGAUUAAAAGACAAUAUUUAAAUGAUCUGUUAUGAAGACGAGCAUUUAAUUUAUCUUUUAGUCGUUGUAAUUCCAGCUAUAAUAAUUUGGGUCUUUGGAAUUCCAAUGGCAGCUUUACUAAUGCUUUUGAGAAAUAAACAAAAGAUAUAGAAGCUUUCCAAGCUGGCAGAACUCGCUAAAGGUGAGUAGUUCUAGCUCAUUAAUCUAAAGAUGAAAUACGGAUUCCUGUUUAACGGUUAUGUGAUAAAGCAUUAUUAUUGGGAAGUGCUGAUUCUAUACAGAAAGAUUUUUAUUGUAAUGACUACUGUAUUCUUUUCUGUUGUUUCAAGCGAGGCCUAAGUCUAAGUUGUCAUCCUUAUUAUCAUUAUAAGUCUCCUGUUCCAAAUCAAGUUUGGACCGUUUUAUACAACUACUCUCAACUAAAUGGAAACUCUUUCUCUUCAAGUAGCUUGCAUUACCAUGUAUGGGGGAAUGUACUACGCUACUGGUGUUCAUUAUGCUUACAUGAGUAAUAAUAGCUUAAGAUGGUUCUUCUUAAUCCUAAUUAUCGCUCCAAACAUUAUAUUCUUAAUCUAUUGGCUCAAUCACAUGAGAAUUGAAAUUUUGAAAAUGGCCUACUUGAAGAACGCUAAGAUUUUCAAGAUCCUGUCUUGUGGUAUGUACAAAGAAGAUGAUUUUUAAGCUAAACAUAUGACAACCGAGAAUAGAUCCUUUUAAGCAAACAAAGUUAAUGAAAAUGGAGAGAAUGAAAACAAGACAAUCAAGAGUUUUAUCAAUGAUGGAGAUAAGUCAGACUUUUCAAAUAUUUUUCAAGAGAGCAAAGACUCUAAGCGUAAAAAAGAAUACACAGUCUCAAAUCGGAAGAGCUCUAUGAUGUCUUCAUUCGAUGAACCUGUAAGUAAGAGUAAGUAAAGAAAACACAAAAGCAGUGACUACUUUAUGGGUCAAUCUAAUUAUAAAGAGCAUGAUCUAAGCGAUGAGCCUUAAAAUCCAAUAAAUUUAAAUGAGGUGGGAUUAGAUUUCCCAAUGCAUAUGAUGAAGAAGAUUCCUGAAUUUAGAAGCAAAAACAUAUAUGACUCUCCUGAUUUAUCAAAGUUAAGCGAUAACAACAAAAAAUCUCAUAGAGGGUAAUUAUCAGCUCGGAUUAUGCCAGAGGCAGUGCCAGAUAAGGCAAACUACAAAAACACAGCUAGGUUCAUGAAUGACCUUCUAAGCAGUGCUUACUCAAGUCAAGAGGUUGGUUCUAAGAACAGAACUCCUCAACUAACAUCGAAAUUCUCUCAAAAACGCUUGAUGGAUGAUAUGUUUAUUUCAGAGCCAAGACACUAAGAUAGAAUUGACUAGUCCUAUGAUAAUGCAAAUCAUUAGAUUACUGAAGCAAAUUUAGAUGCAGAAUAAGAUAAAUCACCGGAUGAAACCUUCAUGAGAGACUUGAAUGAUAAACAAUACGAGGCCAAUCAUAACAUAGAGCAGAACAUGGAGAACUAUCCUUUAGCCAAGAAUUCUUUCCAUUCCCCAGUUCAACCAUAAAGGAAUCUGAUGGAACUAGAUAUUAGUGAGAUCGAUUAAGGAUCAGUAUCUUAAAAAUUCACCAAUCAGCCAAGUCUAUUUGGAGUUGAUGAGAAGGACAAGGGAUAUAAGAAGGAUCCAAAUGCCAAACGAGGGUAUAUGUACCAUAUGAACGAUGAUAAAAAGAAAGUUAAAGGCAAAGAACAAGAAGAUCCACACACUAUUUAAACUGAGCAAAGCUAGAAGAAGAGAGGCAAAGGAAAAAAGAGAAAGAAGUGA